CAAGGAUUUCUGCACUUGAUAACUGAAGUAGAAUGAGUGCAUCCAAUAUUUUCCAGACAAUCUUUGAUCUGUAAAUCUUGAAAGAAAUCGAAAGAAGAUUCAAGUAGGAAUCCAAAAUAAAGAUUCGCCUUUUUAUUCAGGAGAAAUGCAGCCUAACGAUUCUACUAAGAGUCUUUGCUCCAGAUCAGGUGUUUCUGGGAAAUCGAAUAGUUACCUAACAUUUGAUUCUGAAACAAUGGAAACAACUGCACAACAACAAAGAUGGAAAAGACGACAAAGCAGCGAAAGUUCUUUAAUCCAUAUCACAGGGACUGGUACCAUAUUGGAGGAAACUUUAAGCUGUGGUCAAUGUUAUAAAGGAUUGCCUCUGGAGAAGGACUGCUGCCAAGAUUACGAAAAAUUCCAUCCUGGUGUUGGUCAGUAUGAUGACUUCCAUACCAUAGACUGGCAGAGGGAUUUAUCUCGCGAUAAAUAUCGUCAGAGAUAUAUCAGUCGGAAAAUGGAAGAAUCGACUUGGAAUCUGCUGAAAGGUUACUUCGACAAAGCGUCCGGCUGGAUUUGUGUUUUCCUUGUGGGCAUUUCUGCAGGAUCCGUGGCAGGUUUUAUAGAUGUAGCAGAAACGUGGAUGAAAGAUCUGAAGGAAGGUAUCUGCCUACAAGCAUUCUGGUUUAACAAAGAGCAGUGCUGUUGGUUAUCCAACACGACAUUUUAUGAAGGUGAUGAAUGCAAUGAGUGGACUUCAUGGAGCAAUUUCUUGAAUGUGCAACCCUUUACAUCUCAAGAAUAUUUAACUACCUACUUGAUUUACGUAGGAUGGAGUGUAUUAUUUUCCACCUUGGCAAGUACAAUGGUGAAAACAUUUGCUCCAUAUGCGUGUGGAUCUGGAAUACCAGAAAUCAAAACGAUAUUGAGUGGUUUUAUAAUGCGUGGUUACCUUGGCAAAUGGACUCUGUUGAUAAAAUCUGUGAGCAUAAUGCUGGCAGUGUCUGCGGGUCUCAGCUUGGGAAAAGAAGGACCAUUGGUUCAUAUAGUUUGCUGCAUUGGAAACAUCAUUUCUUAUUUCUUUCCUAAAUAUGGAAAAAAUGAAGCAAAGAAAAGAGAGAUUCUUUCUGCCGCUGCUGCUGCUGGAGUUUCAGUUGCUUUUGGGGCCCCUAUUGGAGGGAUUCUAUUCAGCCUCGAAGAAGUAAGCUAUUACUUUCCCUUAAAGACAUUAUGGAGAUCCUUCUUCUGCGCACUAGUAGCUGUUUUUGUUCUUCGAUCCAUUGAUCCGUUUGGAAAUGACCACGUUGUAAAAUUCUUCAUCAAGUCAAGUCGUGAAUGGAUUCUCAUAGAAUUGAUUCCUUUCGGCGUUCUUGGAAUACUCGGGGGCAUUCUUGGAGCUGUAUUUAUCCGUUGCAAUAUUUCCUGGAGUCGUCUCAGGAAAACAUCGAGGCUCGGCAAUUUUCCCCUUCUUGAGGUAAUGGUGAUCACGCUUGUAACAGCUGUAAUACAUUUUCCGGAUGUCUUGCUUCGAAUGAAUGCUAGUGAUCUCAUCAAAGCACUUUUUAGCCAAUGCGGUUUGCAUGACGUAUCUCCUUUGUGUGAUUACAAGCGUAACAUAUCAUCUACAGAUCAAAAUAUGAAAAUGCUAACAGAAGCUAAUCAAGGAACCUAUGCAUCUAUUUACCAGUUACUGUUGACUCUCGUAUGCAAAUUUGUCAUUACUGUAUUUACUUUUGGAAUUAAGGUUCCCACAGGUCUUUUUAUUCCAAGUUUAGCGAUGGGAGCUCUAUUAGGCAGAAUUGUCGGCAUUGGAAUGCAAGAAAUUGCAUUAAAUUACAAAAAUUCCUGGCCAUUUCACACGACAUGCUCUUUCAAUGAAGAUUGCAUAUCUCCUGGCCUGUACGCCAUGAUUGGUGCUGCAGCAUGUUUAGCAGGAGUUACACGCAUGACAAUUUCACUCGUCGUUAUUAUGUUUGAGCUGACUGGAAAUGUGAGCUACAUUGUUCCUCUAAUGGCAACGGUGGUAGUAAGCAAAUGGGUUGGUGAUGCCAUCGAUCGAGAUGGAAUAUAUGAUGCUCACAUCAACCUCAACCAAUAUCCCUACAUGGACAAUAAAACCUCCUUUAAAUUUUCAACGACGGCUAUCGAUUUGUCAAGUAAUAAAAAGGAAUUAGUUUGCCUUGUUCAGAAAGGAAUGGUUCUUGAAGAAGUAGAAAUAAUAUUGCAAGAAACAAAACAUAAUGGCUUUCCAGUUAUAGCAUCAGUUGAAGAGCCACAUCUGAUUGGAUAUGUGUUAAGAAGAGAUUUGUGUUUGAUGCUUGACUACAUGAAAGACACCUCAAAGAAAAUUGACAGAAAUGCUCCACUUAUUUUCAUGAACAGUGGAAACAGAAACCGAAAUCAUUUUCAUCUGAACCUUGAAAAAAUAGUUGAUAUGGCUCCUGCAACAGUCAUUGAACAUACACCAUUGGAGACUGUUAUUGAGAUGUUUUGCAAACUCGGAUUAAGACAAAUUUUAGUCACUGAUCAUAAAGGAAAAUUGCUGGAUAUCCUAACCAAGAAGGAUGUUCUAGACUACAUGAAUAAAAAUUGAAGUAUGAUGAGACUAUUUACCAAUGAAUGAAAAGAUUUAGGCAACUUUGAAGAUUGAAAGAAAAAAACAGACUAGUGUUCGAUUGUGUGCCACAACAAUAAAUGCUA